UCCCCGCCCCUGGGCUGCUAGGGCGGCGGCGACCGCCGCGGCCCGCAAGGAUUUGAAACCGUUUUUUCUGUGGCGGAGGUGGCGGCGGCGGCGCGGCCGACCGGAACGCUUGCAUACUGAAUUAUGGAAAUUGGAAGUGAAGAAGAAAAAUGGGAGAAGCUGGAUGCAGAAUUUGAUCACUUUGUGGUAGAUAUGAAGCCCUUUGUUCUAAAAUUACCCCAUAGGUCAGAACGGCAGAGGUGUGCACUCUGGAUCAAAAAACUGUGUGAGCCUUCAGGAACAGGUGCAGGAAUAAUGGGCAGGAAGAAUCGGAACCUGUAUGCCAAACUGCUACUGCACAUGCUGAAGCGAGGAGUGCUCGAAGGCCCCUUUACACACCGACCUGAACCGGGGACACUGAAAACCUUACCUUCGUACAUGUCCAUCUAUUUUGAUGAACCAAAUUCAGCACGAGCAAAAGGUUCAAGCCCGGAAGGAUUACCAGACUGGGUAAUGGGUGAGCUGGGGACCAGUGAACACAAAUCAAAUGAAUCGUGGAAGCUUUCAUCUGGAGAAGAUUACUCUUUGGGGCAGUCACCAACUGAUGUACACAGUAGGGAACCAUACACUUCGAAGUUCCAAAUGCGAUCCCAUUCUAUGAGUCCAACCUCCAGAGAAGAUGGACAAAAUAUUACCCCAAAGAGUUGUGAAGCUCAUUCCAAAAAAUCUGCUGUGUCUUUGGAUGACAGCGACAUCGAAGCUCGCCUUAAUAGUUGGAAUCUUGGGAUAGAAAAUCCUCGAUACCUGAGACAGAAGCCAAUCCCAGUUUCUCUGAUGACUCCCAAAUUCAGUCUGAGAAAAUCCAGCAGUUUCCACGAUGAUCAUCUCUUCUCUCGAAUGCAUGAGAAGGAGUUGGACAUAAAAACAAAAAUGCUGGAAGCUAAAUGUCAUGAGGAGAAGCUUAAACUGCAGCAGAAACAUGAUGCCGACGUUCAGAAGAUUUUAGAAAGAAAGAAUAAUGAAAUAGAAGAAUUGAAAACUUUAUAUAAAAAGAAACAAAAUGAAAUGGAGGAGACUAUUCGAAAACUUGAAAAAAAAGUUCAGACCCUUAUACGUGACUGUCAAGUUAUCAGAGAGACCAAAGAAAACCAGAUUACAGAGCUAAAAAAGAUAUGUGAACAGAGUACAGAAUCUCUGAAUAAUGACUGGGAAAAAAAGCUCCACAAUGCCAUCGCAGAAAUGGAGAAGGAAAAGUUUGAUCUUCAAAAGCGGCACACAGAAAAUAUUCAAGAAUUGCUCGAGGACACAAACGUGCGUCUGAAUAAGAUGGAGGGGGAAUACCUGGCGCAGACGCAGUCCACAAACCAGGUGGUCAAGGAACUGGAGUCCCGUGUCCAGCAGCUGACUGGAGAAGCAGAGAAUAGUAACUUACAGAAACAAAAAUUAAUUCAAGAAAAAUUAGAAAUUGAAAGAUGUUACCAGAUAACAUGUAAUGAAUUACAAGAAGUAAAGGCAAGGCGCAACAUACUGCAUAAAGAAAAAGAUCAUCUUAUAAACGAUUAUGAACAAAACAUGAAACUAUUACAAACCAAACAUGAUGCUGAUAUAAGCCUUCUGAAAAAGGAACAUGCUCUUUCAGCUUCUAAGGCAUCUGGUAUGAUUAAAGAACUAGAAGAGAACAUCUGUCAAUUAAAACAGCAGCUCCAGGAAUCAGAACUUCAAAGAAAGCAACAACUAAGGGAUCAAGAAAAUAAAUUUCAAAUGGAGAAAAGUCAUUUAAAACACACCUAUGAAAAAAAGAUUCAUGACCUGCAGAGUGAACGUGAUAAAGAGAAAGAAGAUGCUCAAAAGAAAAUCCAUAAAUUUGAGGAGGCACUGAAGGAAAAAGAGGAACAGCUGACACGGGUGACUGAAGUUCAGAGGCUGCAGGCCCAGCAGGCAGACGCCGCUCUGGAGGAGUUUAAGAGGCAGGUGGAACUGAACUCCGAGAAAGUCUACGCCGAAAUGAAAGAGCAGAUGGAAAAAGUGGAAGCAGAUCUAACUAGAUCCAAGUCUCUUCGUGAGAAACAAUCAAAGGAGUUUUUAUGGCAGCUGGAGGAUGUCAAGCAACGAUAUGAACAGCAGAUAGUGGAGCUGAAGCUGGAGCAUGAACAGGAGAAGACGCACCUAUCACAGCAGCAUAGCGCAGAGAAGGAUAGCCUAGUCCGAGACCAUGAACGGGAAAUUGAAAACCUGGAAAAACAGCUUCGCGCUGCCAAUAUGGAGCACGAAAAUCAAAUUCAAGAGUUCAAGAAACGAGAUUCACAGGUUAUUGCUGACAUGGAGGCCCAAGUGCACAAGCUGAGAGAAGAGCUGAUUCACGUGAAUUCUCAGCGGAAGCAGCAGCUGAUAGAGCUCGGUCUUCUUCGCGAAGAGGAGAAGCAGAGGGCUGCAAGGGACCACGAGACUGCUGUCUACAAACUGAAGGCUGAGUCAGAAAAGAUGAAGAUGGAGCUGAAAAAGACUCAUGCUGCGGAGACCGAGGUGACGCUGGAAAAGGCCAACAGCAGGCUGAAGCAGAUUGAGAAGGAAUACACUCAGAGGCUUGCCAAAUCUUCACAGAUCAUAGCAGAACUUCAGACAACCAUUUCCUCUCUGAAAGAGGAGAACAGCCGGCAGCAGCUUGAUGCGGAACGGCGGCUCCAGGAUGUUAUACAGAAGUUUGAAGAUGAGAAGAAGCAGCUGAUUAGAGAUAAUGACCGAGCAAUCAAGGCUUUACAAGAUGAGCUAGAAAACCGCGCCAGCCAGGUGCGAUGUGCAGAGAAGAAACUGCAGCACAAGGAACUAGAAUCCCAGGAACAGAUAACCUAUAUACGACAAGAAUAUGAAACCAAAUUCAAAGGGUUGAUGCCAGCGUCUCUAAGACAAGAACUGGAAGACACCAUUUCCUCCCUGAAGUCUCAGGUUAACUUUCUGCAGAAGAGAGCAUCCGUCCUUCAAGAAGAGCUGACGACAUACCAAGGCAGAAGGUAACCGCAGGAAGGCUUACCUGUGUAGCUCAGGGCGAGGGCAGUGGACGUCACUGUCCAGGCCACACUGUGGAUUUCUUCCAGCAGGUUUGAAGACUUGGAUACUGUAAACUGUGAGAUCAAUGGCAUUUUUUAAUACUUAAAUGUAAUUAAGAUCAUAAACACAUGCAUCACUCAUAUGCUUUGGGGUGGUUUUAUUUGUGUCUGCCUAAGUUAUUAUUUUUUUAACAUUCCUUUAUUUCACAUUUCCAUAUUCGCGUGCGUUUGAGCGUGUGCUGAGAAUUGCGUAUAUUGGGGAAAGAAAUGAUUUCUCGUAAUAUGCCUUGUUGAUGCUUUUGUAUAGAAUUUUACCGGUUCCAUAUGAUCAAAAUCACGUUUGUAGUAUCGUAUCACAGUUUUUAACAUGCUUAUAUCGUUCUCAUGUUCAUGUUCAUAUAUUAUUAAAACAUUAUAUUUUGUACUUA